AUGGCCACCUCAACCCCAAGGUCUCAAAAAACAGCAAUAGUCACUGGUGCUGCACAGGGCAUGGGACGCGCUAUAGCUCUCCGAUUAUCCCGAGACGGAUUUGAUGUGUGUAUCAACGACAUCCCCGGCAAGAAAGAUGCACUGGAAGAGGUCGCGAGAUCGAUCAGAGAGAACGGGAGGUGUCACGUUGCCACAGCAGACGUUUCCUCGCGGACUGCCGUUGAGAAAGUCGUGCAGGAAUCGGUCGCGGCACUGGGUCCACUAAACGUCUUUGUUGCGAAUGCCGGGAUCGGCCAAGUCAAGCCUGUGCUCGAUCUGACCGAGGAUGAUGUUCGAAGAACCUUUGAAAUCAACACGUUUGGAGUAUUCAAUUGCUACACUUCGGCUGCGAAGCAGUUCAUUGCCCAAGGAACGCCCGGAAAGAUCAUUGGAGCGUCCAGUAUUCAGGCAUACAAAGUGCUGCCACUGCUCGCACACUACUGUGCGUCCAAGCAUGCCGUGCGAGGGCUGACGCAGGCGUUUGCGUUGGAAUUGGCGCCUCACAAAAUCACCGUCAAUGCAUAUGCACCCGGCAUUGUAGGAACGGGAAUGCUUGACCAGAUCGAGAUAGAGAUAAAAAAGAUAAAAGGAAUUGCUGGCGCCGAGGUCAGGAAGGCAUGGACGGAUCAGGUGCCCCUUGGGCGACUGGCCACUCCGGAAGAUCAGGCAAAUAUCGUCAGUUUCCUGGCGGGUCCGGACAGCGAUUACCUCACCGGUCAGAACAUCAUCUGUGACGGUGGGAUUGUCAUGAAUUGA